UUUUAUUGCCGAGUCCAUUGCACUGCACCGCUUAGCUCCGCUCCCUCUCUCUAUAUCUCUCUUUGAUUUAAGAUUCAUGGCCAAAGGUGGUGGACUCUCCAUUGAUUCAGAUCCAAUUCGGUACUUCUUCCCACUCAACCCAAUCGUUCACAAUUCCUCCGAAUGCACUCACGCCAACAACAUCAAACACCUCGAGUACAGACUCAUGGAUGCCGCCGCUGAUCCUGAUCGGUCUCUUCCAACCACCAUCCAAUUCCCAUUCAAUCUCAACUGCGACUCUGAUGAUAAAAGGACCGUCAUAGACGAGAUGGAUUUCUUCCGCCAGAAAAAACAGGACCCCAAUCCUGUUGAUACCGAUAUGAAAGAGGACGACAAAAGUCUUGCCGGAUUAGAGUUGAAUGUAAACACUGGAUUGAAUCUUCUUACCACGAAUACGAGUAGUGAUCAGUCUGUGGUGGAUGAUGGAAUUUCAUCGAACAUGGAAGACAAGAGAGUAAGGAGCGAGAUGGCUGUUCUUCAAGCUGAGAUUGAGCGUAUCAACACAGAGAAUCAACGUUUAAGGGACGUUUUGAAUCGGGUGAUGAGUAACUACAACGCCCUGCAGAUGCAUUUAGUUACAAUUAUGCAGCAGCAGCAGGACCAGAAACCUGAUAACAUUAAUGGACAAUUAAAGCAUGGCGUAAUUGAUGGGAAAGCUGAAGAAAAUAAAGUGCCUAGAAAGUUCAUGGAUCUUGGACUGGCUUCUCGGGCCAAGGACACCGAGGAGCCUUUGCUGUCUUCAUCGAGCCAGGACCGGUCUGGAUCUCCGAGAGACAACAACGUAGAAGUUGCGUCGAAAGAGAAGAGAAUUAGCGGAAGAGCGGAUAGCCCAGAUCAUGGUUCGGGGUCUAAUAAGGUUCCAAAAUUCAAUUCUUCCAAAACUGAUGAUCAAACUGAGGCCACCAUGAGGAAGGCUCGCGUGUCGGUCAGAGCAAGAUCAGAGGCUACUAUGAUCACUGAUGGAUGCCAAUGGAGGAAGUAUGGCCAAAAGAUGGCCAAAGGAAAUCCAUGCCCUCGAGCUUACUAUCGAUGUACCAUGGCCGCUGGUUGUCCAGUUCGAAAACAAGUGCAAAGGUGUGCUGAGGAUCGGACAAUACUAAUAACUACAUAUGAGGGCAAUCACAACCACCCUUUGCCACCAGCGGCAAUUGCAAUGUCAUCAACUACUACAUCGGCGGCACGGAUGCUGCUAUCGGGUUCUAUGUCAAGCGCUGAUGGACUAAUGAACUCAAAUUUCUUAACCAGGACUCUCCUUCCAUGCUCUUCUAGCAUGGCCACAAUAUCAGCUUCAGCCCCAUUUCCCACUGUUACAUUGGACCUAACACAAACACCAAACUCUUUACAGUUCCAAAAGCCACAAAACCAAUUCUUUCUCCCCUUCCCAAAUGGAUCACCUGCUGCACUGCUGCCUCAUAUAUUUGGUCAGACCCUUUAUAACCAAUCCAAAUUCUCUGGCCUACAAAUGUCGCAAGAUAUGGACCACCCUGCACAAUUGCAACCACCAGCAAUGCACCAGGCCACAUUCGCUGACACAGUGAGCGCGGCCACCGCUGCCAUCACCGCAGAUCCCAACUUCACGGCUGCUCUGGCCGCGGCGAUCACUUCAAUAAUUGGUGGUGCCCACCCAAAUGGCAUUACUAAUAAUAAUACCAGCCUUGCCACCACCGGCACUAGCAAUGGCAAUAUUACUACCAGCAACAGCAACAAAGAGCAAUAAUUCAAACUUCCCGGAGAAUUAAAGAUUAGUAUUUUUGUUUCUUCCAUUUUUUGUUUCUUCUUGUUUAUUCAAAAUAGGAUUAUGUAUUAAGAGAUAAAGUGAGAUGUUUAACAAAGCGUAGCUGCAUAGGUUUGGUAUUUUUUUUCUUGCCAGUUGUACGUGUCAACAUAAAGUCAAAAAGAGAGGAAAACGAAAAAAAAAAGAACACAAUUCAGUGUUUCUGUGUAGCUUUGGAAAGCAAACAAAGGUUGUUUUAUA